UCAACCCCAACCAAACCCCCUCGUAUGAGUCUCCUCCCAUCUCUAUCUGAAGUCUCUCUCUCUUUCUCCCUCUACAGUAGAGCACUUCUCUGUCUUCCUCUCUCUCGUUUAGAGAAUCUGUAAUUGCGAAACAACCGCAAAACCCAAAUCCCCCAAUCAGAAAUGGCGAAAGGAGGUAAGCUAACGAAGCUGAAGUCGGUGUUAAAGAAAUGGCAUUCAAUGAACAAGUUCGGGCGUAGCAACAGCAGCUCUAUCGCCGCCGCUAACCCUUCCGACGAUGAAGACUCCGUCGCCGUCUCCGGAGGAAAUGUUCCGGUAGGAUUUCACCCAGUGUACGUCGGAAAGUCUCGCCGGCGGUACCUUAUCAGGUCCGAUAUCAUUGACCACCCUCUAUUCCGUGAGCUUAUGGAGAAAUCGGAAGAGUCGGAUUCAAUAACCGUCGGGUGCGAAGUGGUAUUGUUCGAACACAUGCUUUGGAUGCUGGAGAAUGCAGAGCCACAACCAGCGUCUUUAGAUGAGCUCAUCGAGUUCUACGCUUGUUGAUGAAGGAAUAAGAAUGAUGUAAUUCUAUUCUUCACCCACACACAAGAGAGUAUAAAUUUGUAAAUUUUUUUCCUUUACGGUAAUAACAAUGGAAGUUUAGCAAGUAAAUUGAGUCCCCAUUAAGUGUGAAAUGUGAGGAUUAAGAUUUAACCCAUUUCAUAUCUGCUAAUCUUAGAGGUCUUAGAAGUCUUGAAUCUUGA